GGUUUGGCAAAGCACUUUCAUGUAAAGAUAAAUAAUUAGUUUCUUCACCACAGUGCAUAUAUUUACAUCGGUAUGUCGGCUGAUUUAGAAAAAUAUCUUGUGCUACUGAAGAACUGUCUGAAUACACAGCAUAGUGCUAAGGCAAAGGAUUUUGUCGUUAUCAUAGCGGAUUUAGUUGCUGGUGGUGAAUCACACACCGCUGCUGAGGCCGAGUAUUCGUGUGAUACAAUCUUCAAUUCUACGAGUGGUGUAAUUUUUUUUCUUCAGUGCUCUAUAAAAGCUUCUGGCCGAUUCCAAAAAGCAAAUGAGGAAAUUUUCGACAUCUUUCGCAAGCUUAUACAGAAGCAUAAUCAGCUAGUCUGCAAAUAUGUUCCGGAAAUCGUUCGAGAAUCUGUAUGUUUCAUACAACCUUCGUCGGUUAGCGCGAGAGAGCGCGAAUUGGCAACUGCCGUUCUGCAAGAUUUACUAACGUACAAAUGCAUAAACAAAGACAAUUGCGACAUAGGUCAACUAUUGGCUGAUCUGUUGGCCAUUUUCGAUCAACGGAAGCUGACCAAUCGCUUUCAGCAAAGCUUGCUAGAGCUAAUCGGUUUGCUAACGAAAGACUACCCCGACUGUGUAUCUGAGGAACAACAGCGAACGAUUUUAAACAUCAUAAUGGCUGUGCUCGAGAAACAGCUGGUGGAAGAGAGCUAUCCAUCGUUGAUUUCAAUUGCUGGUGCUCUGCAUGGGUUGAAUCACUAUUUGAUUUUUUUCGCUCCCGUAGAAUGCAACUACGACGACGAUUCCAACGUGUAUCGACGCAUUUAUGUGCUGGUGAAGAAGCUGUCCGAUUGGGAUGAUGCCGUUAGAGAGCGACAAGCUUUCAGAAAUGCUUUGCGAAUAAUAGAAAACCAUGGUUUCCUGUUUUCAUAUUAUCUUUACAAUGACUAUCAGUAUUGGCAAAAAAUUCUGACCACUAAAUGGAUUCGAUCAACUAUCGAAGAUCGCAAAGUGGGCAUAUACGCUCUCUAUUCGUUUCAUUACCAAGUUUCGCAAGAAUUAUUACGUCGAGAUAAAUUAAGUGUCGACGGGAGCAGCUCAACCAGUUUGCCUGAUAAUCGGGAGGCACGCAUUGCUGUGUUAAAUCAUUUUAUGAAAUACUUCAAAAGUGUACUUGUUGCCGCGGACUCGAAGCCCUUCGAGGUACGCAUUGCGAUACGGGGAUUCGGUGCGAUGGCUGAACCAUGCGGUAAAAUGAUGUCGGAUGAGUACAUGAACGAGUUGCUGCUGCUGGUGAUGCAAAGAACCGAGUCAGCGUAUAUGGCAGAUGACAAAUCAAGAGAUUCGUUAGAGCAUUUACCCGAUUUUGUCCAGGCACUAUCCGACAUAAUGGGCCAUGUAAGCGAGCUGUCAGGUGUUCAGUUGGCUUCGUUGCAGAAUAUUGUUAUUGGUUUGAUUAAAGAUUUCCAUUUUUUGAGCACGUCGCAUCAUGAGCUUAUUGUUAGUUCUUUAAUGAAAACAUUCGAUAAUUUGAGUAAACUAGGAGGUAUGGUUUUGGAGAGUUUGCUCGAUAAAGUUGUCAUGAGAGGCAUAAUUUGGAGUUGUUCUCAUAUGCUGGUGGUUGAUGCCGAUCAGAACAGAGCAACAGAAGAAAAGUCCGACUGGAAAGAUUAUGUCACCUAUAAGCAUUACGUUCCCCUCUGGAAGGGAUUAUUAUCGCAAGGCGCCAAUCGGUUGCUGGAUAGAAGAGAACUUGUUAAAAUUGUCCAUACGCACGUGAUUAAGAAAUUGUUUGCUAUUCUGGACAAACUGGAUUUGAGCACUAGAAAGCGUACUGUAAAGGAUGAAACCGGCGAAAUGCAGGAGCUGUUUUUCUGUGAUCCUAAUAUUGAUCUAGUCCCUGUGAAACCUAAGGAUUUUCAUAUAUUCUUUAAUUUAGUGGACUUGUAUCAGGAUUUAUUACGUUAUAAUACGAAUGUUAACGAGUACUUCGAAGAGUGGAUACCGAUUUAUUUCGACUAUAUGGUGAAAAAGUCAGUUAAGCAUCCCUUGGUUAGUGGUUUUGUAAAGCUGAUAGAUUUGGGACUGUUGAUAGCAGACGGUUUGGAGCACUUUAAGGUUAAUCGUUCGUCCGGCAAAGCCGCUACAACCAACCUGUUAGUGUGCUACAUGGAACUGCAAAUCGCCAAGGCUCGUCAUUCUACCGGGGAACUACAGCUGACUUGCUUGCGGUUUGUUCUGGGUGCGCCAAUUACGCUCCUGGAAUGUUUUCUCGACGAUACCAGCGAACUGAUUGAGGUCCUGCAAAUCGCGUUCAAGCUUGGUAAGGGCAUGCUCGCUUUGGCUAAUGCUGCCCUGAGCUGCACGAAACGCGUUGUCGCACAUGAUUCUCCCAUUUCGAAGGCUGGUCGUGAAAAGGUUCUCACACGCAUUCUGCCCCUACUGGAUAGCUAUCUGCAAACUCGUGACGCUAUUCAGGACGCGGGAAUCGUCAACAGUCGGCUGGCUAAAUUUCAAAAGAAGCGCAGUGUAAAUUUAACUCGGAGUAAAAUCGAAAAAAUCAAAUUACAACAUGCGUUGAAUAGUUCCGAAACCGAGUUGGUCAAAUUUCAGCGUCGUGUUUUGCUAUUUCUUGGCGAGCUGGAACCCAACUUGUGCACGAAAAUGAUACUGCAAGAUGUGGAAACUGAGGGUGGUUGUAAGGAGGAAACCGACAGACCGUUGGUACUGUGGGACUUGGACUCGAAUUGUAACAUAUCGUUGCAGUUGCUAAGCAGAGUGGGCGUUCGGCCAAUCAUCAAGCUGGAUACGAUAAUUGCGCGAGUCUGCACGCUUGCCGUGAGUUCAAGCGAUCGGAAAACCAAAAUGGCAGCUUGUGAGUUGCUUCAUGCUUUGAUUUUGUACGUUAUUGGUAUCCAGCACCAGGAUAGGAUGAUUAAGCUUUGGACCGAGCUGUGCUCCCACAUGUUACAGCUUGGUACCGAUUCGGACCUACCCGUGUGUCAAAUGUUCGAACCAUUGAUAUUUCAGGUCAUACAUUACCUAACGCAGCCGUCCAAAAUCAAUCUGAAGGGAACGGAAGUGUUGGCUAACCGACUAAUGGAAUCAAUAUCGCACCCAACGGAUACGAGCGUGCGCGAUCUGGCAGCUCGCUGUAUUCGCGAAUUUCUUGUUUGGAGCAUCAAACAGACUCCAGCCGGCCAGCAGAGUAGCGUUUCUUCAUCGGCUGCCAUUAACUUGAAAGUAAUCCUAGAGAAGCUGAGAACCUUCAGCUUGGAUUCGAAUCCGAAUCGUAGGCAGGGAGCAGCCCUUGCGUUUAAUAAUAUUUAUCGUGUCCUACGUGAAGAGGAAAGUCACAUAGAUCGGAGCUGGUUCGAGUUGUUUUACGUGUUUUGUGUUAAUUUCAUGAUUACUGAAGAUUUCGAUAGUUCAACGACCAACUUGGAGCAGGUAUCAGCCACCAUCGAUCAUCUGGUGCGGGUGCUUAUCGUGAGAAAGGAUAUUUUCAACCGAUCGAGCGACACAAGGGUGAUUCCUAACACAUUUCGUGGUGGUUUACUGAAGGACUUGGUUGUGUGGUUGCUAGGACAGUGUAGUUCUCGCGAGAUGAACUACCGACAUAAGUGUAUGGAGGUGUUUCUGAAGCUAGCGCCGGCUGUAGAAGGGUGCCAGUCGGGUGCAGAUUUCAUCGGAAAGUUUAUCAGUGACGCAGCCGUUUUGGAUAUAUGUGAUCACGUGGGUGUGAUACAUGGCAUUCGAGCGGCUCCCAACUUAGAAUUUAGCGCUGCGGGGCAUCUACCUUUGAGUGCGAAUAUCUACCUUUGGUUGGAAUAUUUAGGAUCAACACUGGAUAUGUACUAUUGGGUGUUGAAGAAUUCUUUGCUGCAAAAUUCGGAGCUAUUCUUGGCAAGGUCUAACCUUUUUGUUACGGUGAAGUUCUUUUUGGUGACUGUAAUGAAAGCAUCGAUGUGGGACCUGAUGACGAUGCUUCGUCCGGGUAUUAAAGACGAUAGUAGUGUGAGCAUCGAGUUUCGCGUUAGUGCCGAUAAAAUUGUUAGAUAUAGUGUGCAAAAGUGCACUAUAACGGUUAGGAUUGUCGAUCUACUAAGCCUGGCGCUCCCCCAGAGGUACUGUCGAAGCAUUCCGACAACAUUUUGGGAAUCGGAGGAAGUGGUGAAGUUUGUGGCAGAUUUAGUGUUUGCGCCUCAGAAGCUAGGGUUUGAUUUCGAAUCGUGUCAGGAAACGAUCGUAAAGUUGCCCAAGAAAGUCGAGGAACUACUGCGCAGGCUGGAGCAGUUUGAGCAUGUGCAGUUCAUGGAAAGGUUCCAUCAGAGAGUGUCGAAAAAGUUUAUUCCCACAAUAAGGGAUAUUUCCGAUCGUUUGAGUGAUCUGAUGAAGGCGGACACUAUCGGACUGGAAGACAAUAAUUUAGUCAAGGGUCUUUUAUUGAUCGCAAAGCGUUACUGCUGGCAUAAGGAACAUUUCAAUAAAACACACACUAUGUACUUGGAUUUGAUGCCGGAACAAAUACUACACACUAUUUUUGCUGGGCUAAAAGAAGACCAUUUUGAUUUCCUUGUUCAGGCAAGGCUAACUCCGUCGGUAAAAAGGUUUUGCACAAAUUUAUUACGUAUCGUGUUCAAUUUAAAAUCAGCUAAAUUGAUGGAUUUGCUCGUAUCAUUGAUGUCCACCGACAACUAUAUGCGUUUAUUCGCAGAGAACAAAGAAUCUACAAUCCAGCAUGGCGAGUACUUCGGAAAUCUUUUUGGAGAGGUUAUUUAUGAUUUUAUUGUGCAGCAACUGCCCGAGAGCUUGGAAAGAUUAUGGCAAAUUUUGAGUCAGGAGAACUGUUCAACCGUGCUUCGAUUGUUAUGCAAUUUUCUCGAACAUGUUUAUCAAAAGAAGCGAUCGGAUGUCGAUAUCCUGAAGGUAGUGACCGAACAAAUUUUAGCUGCUUGGGAAGUAAUUAAUACGAAAGCUUUCCUUGAGGAAAAAAAGUUUGCUUCUACCGAUUUACGACUAAUUGAGUUGAUGUCGAACGUGGCCAUGGCCAGUCCAAUUCCUCUCAGUCAAAUUGCACGUAAAGCUGCUGGGCUUCAGCAAUGGCUGCUAGCUUUAAUAGAGAAUCCGCAGCACAGCUUAGAUUUGAAGUCAAAAGCCUUAUUUCUGAUUCCAACCAUCGUCGGCGAAUCGGAUUUUGACUCCCCAACGGUUCUGGACGCCCUGCAGAAGUUACAGGACGCACAUUUCCCUUUGCGUUCGACGGAAUUCGCCUCGGGGAGCGUUGAAAGGAUUAGUUUCGAAAGCUGCAUCGUUGCGCUGUUGGAUGCGAUGGUGGUAUCAAAAUCACCGGUUCUUUUGAAGGCUGUCAUCAACGCUACAGCCGCGGAUCCGGAACAUGUAGCCGAACACAAAAUCCGACCGGCAAUUGAAGAAUAUAUAAAAAUCCAAAAUAGUCAUCAACAGUGUUACAACUUAAAGCAAAUUUUGGCUAAGUUUUGUGAUGAAUCGCUCGAUCCAAGCAUUCGAAUUACGGUUUUCAGACGAUUCUUGGUAACCGCAGUACGGGCUAGCACCGUUGAAACCAUAUUGGCUUUCUACAAACUGAAUAUCAAAAAGAUUUACGAAAUGAUUCGCAGCAACUACGGACAGGUCGGUUCCGGAUGGGAAGCUGAACAAGCGCUGGUUAAUCGGUUCGGUGGUUUUCUACUGAUCGAACUGUACGUCGCUGUACUGCCUCGCGACUUGAUAAUGAACGAUGAAGGCACGGUAGCCAAAUAUUUAUACGCAGAAAGCGAAAAAACCCCGGGAAAAAAACUCAUCACCGAUCUCACGAAAAAAGCGUACGAUGCGCGCUCGGAUGUUUUCCUAACACCGGACUCACCGUCUGCCGAACUCUUUCGAAAGUACCAAUGCGCUGCCUAUCGAGCGCUAGCCGCCAUCAUCAGCAACACGAAGGACGACCUACAACUGUACAACGUUCUGCUGUUCCGUGAAACCCACGAAAAGAAUGAGUUCAUUUGGAGAAAGCUGAUCAACUGUUCCGAUGAUAUGCUGUACAACUGCUGCAGUCAGGAACUGGAAGAUUACCCAAAAAUUAAAGACAAAAUUGUUUCGAUUCGACGGAUCACCUCUGGGGCGGAAAAACCUGUCAACCGUUUCAAGUACAUUCAAAUGACGAGUGUUUUCGAAUCCUCACUAAGUCAGGAUGUUACUAAGCUGGAUUUGAACUUUUCGGUGGUGAGAACAACGCAGGAAGCGGUUGCUCGAGAAGUCGAUGAGCUGAGCUUGUUGCAGUUGAAGAAACGGACUACCGUUUCACUUGAACAGUCGAAGAUAAAUGAUCACGAGGUAAUGGCUACGCUCUGUGCCGUUAUCCAGCACAUGCACGAGAACAAGAUCACCCCUACUGAAGGGGAACGGAUUGCACCGCCACCUUGGAUUAAGUUUCUAGCCGCCUCUUUGCGUGAUCAACAGCAACAUAGGAAUGUGAGGAUAUUCCUAGUGAAGGCUAUCGAUAACUGUCGUCAGUGGCUGAAACCGUACGCGUCCACCCUGAUACCACCGUUGAUGCAGGUGAUCGUAGACGAGUGCAUUGCUUCGCAGCUCAACACCUUUUUGACGGACUUGAUUGCGCUGAUACUAGAGUGGAGCGACGCAUAUGAACCGAGCAGCCUGGAUGAAAUCAGCCUAGCGUCGGGAUUAGUGAAAUUUCUAAUGAGAAAUUGUUUUCACAACAGGAAGGAAGUUUUUCGUUUGAAUUUGGAGUUGGUCAAGCAUCUGAUAGAACGUUGGAAGGCUGUAAUUAGUGUGCCAGUUCAGCUGCUUUAUGACAUGAUUGGUCCGACACAGGAUCCAGAAUCUAUGCAGAACCUGUGCGGUUUACAGCUGAAUGCAAUCGUUAUGGCAAACGGGCUUGUUCCGUGGACCGAAACAUCAAAGUUUGAUUUUAUAAGAGCGAUUUUUCGGUGCCUAGAUUCGGAGAAAACAGCAGUCUACCGACCGGCUUCCGAACUGUUGGGCAUGUGCUUGGCCAACCUUUACCCAGCUGGAGAACAGAGCGAGGACGAACGGUAUCAGAACGAAUUCCUGGUCAAACUGACGUCAAUGCGAAAGAAACAGGAGAAAAAGUUUACAGACAUAAUCUAUGGAAUUCACAAAGCCUUUCCAGCGAUUGUUGAUUCUUUUCUGAUCGUUGUUUCGCAUGGCAUUCCAGGCGCCGCCGGCGCUUCGAAGAAAAUUCUUCUCGAACUGUUGCUUUCCCGUGUUGAAACAUUCCGAGAACAAGUGUAUCGUGAGUUGAUCUCUCUAGAUUUAAAAAGUAUGUUGAUCGAUCGUCAGUAUCAGCUGCUGGCAUUACAUCUGAUAAAUAAGUCUCUAACACUAAUGUCAACGCAACAUGUCGAAGACAUGCUUGAUCCCGUCCUAGCGUUGAAUAGCAGCGAUCGCUCAGAAGUUCGUGACAUAGUUUACGAAGUGUUAAUUUUCAUUCACGAAAACCGCCGCCAAGAAUUGUCGCAAAAUACUGCGCAAAAGCUUAAGAAAGCCCUUCUGGUUGGAAUGAACGACGCUGACCAUGCGAUUCAGAGUCGCAUCUUCGACUUUUGGACCGACGAAUCGCGCUUCCCGGUGGAGAUAGACGCACGGUUCCUGGCGGUACUGGCCAAUCUCUAUGACCCCACACAGGAGGCCAACUACUUAGGCUAUGCAACACAAAUCCUUAUCGAUUCCGCUGUGAAAAACCCGGAAUCCAAACGGCGCAUAUUCCAACACGAAUAUGAAACGGAUGUAAAGUUACGAGAAUACUCCAUCGACACACGCUGGCGGCAGCGAAACUCCUUCGCAACGGCGCCUCUGUUUGUUGAAUCGCAACAGCGGUUCUUCACAUCGGCGGAUGGUUCGCAAAUGGAACGGCUGAUUAAGGCAACACAAUUCGGCGCCGAAGGUAACGUGUUCGAGCCGACUGUGGAUCCUUCGGUUAUGAGUCAACCAACAACGAACUUCACCAUUCCCACUCAAAACUCGCUACUUUUCGAAGUUAACGCACCGAUUUUAGAUCGCAGAUCGCGUCGGGCGGCUCCUUCGCCAGCUGCUGCAUCCACCAGCGGCAGUUCAAAAUCCUAUCACAAUCUCCGCAGGCGUAUUCUUAAGGACAAAGAACGCACAGCGCGCGAUCAAGCUCUACAAGCUAUCGAGCGUCACAGUUACGAGAUAGUCCGAAAAGUAGAGAGCCAAAAAAUGAAACAAGGCGAGGUAGUUCUGUACCGUCGCUACAGAAUUGGAGAUUUUCCCGAUCUGCUAAUCAAUAGUCUUGCACUGCUGCUACCCCUGCAAGCUCUGUGUCGACGUGAUCCGGCCCUUGCACGACAGGUAUUUGUGGCUAUCUUUUCCGGAAUUCUAGAAGAAUGGGAACAAAACGAACAUCCGCUAAACGACGCGAUACUAAUCAUUAGUCAAUCCAUCCAGAGUAUUCUUUCGGAAACUAAAAGCUGCGAUCCGAAUUUGUUCGGGGCACUGAUCGAGCUGGCGAUGAAACGUCCAAAGGUCUUCGACCUUACCGCAGAUACUGUGACUGCCGUUGCCUGCGGAGCAAACAUGAUGACCAUGGGAGUGCUGUAUUUGGAAAAUAAGCUGCACGAAUAUGACUUCCCGGAGGGAUCUAUCGUGUCCCGUUCGUCAUCCGUUUCGCUGGAGGCACUUCAUUGGAUCAAACUAGCCGAACUGUGCCAUGCGCUGAACGAAUAUGACAUCCUAGCGGAUAUUUUCUCGGACAAAAUGGAUAGUGACCCUCGCCUAAAGGAGUCCAUCGAGCUAGAAAGUAAUGGAAAUUUUUACAAAGCUCGAGAACUGUACCAUCACAUGAUACGCGACAAUCAAAAUCGUAUUGCGGAGCAGAAUUUCUGCUAUCAAUCGUACUUCAAUUGCUACGCGCAGAUGGGUAUGUGGGAGGAGUUGAUUGUCGUUUUGGAACAGCAAACAGAGGGUAACACCGAAGAACUGUGGACCGACGAAUGGAACAUGGAGAAUAUUCUGCCGAAGUACUUCCACGCCAAUACGAGGCUCAACUUGGUCGGUGAUGAGAGCGGGAAAGACUUUAUUACGCUGCUGGAGAGCUGGAUGCUCAAUCCGGAACGGGCGGAGUAUAUAAAAUUGAAUUUUGGCGAAGAGAUAACCAUGCUGCAGCUCGCCAGCCGUGAGUAUUCCCGUGCGAAAUUGUAUUCCGAUCAAGUGUUGCGUCAUUUUCUGCGAGAAUGGAGCUAUCUGGACACCCUAUCCGAUAAGCUGAGAGUUCGAAAACUGCUGGAUAUACGUAUUAUAUCGGAGAUACAUGCAUACAGUGACUUGUUAAGUAAAACUUUACAGGAAGUUAGUUUGAAAAAGCUGGUCACCAACUGGCAAAACUCAUUUCCUGCUCGUUCCGAUUCGCUAAUUGUUUGGGAUGCUCUGCUGGCUUACCGUAAAUUUGCAAGGAUUCAGUUAGAAACCCGACUGGAAUCAACGGUUGAUGAUAGUUUGCUGGAAAAUGACUUCGCAAAACAGCUGACGGGGGCGAUUUUCGAAACGGAACUUCAUUUGUUGGACGCUGCCUUUGAGCAGAAUAAUUUCCGCUUUGCCAGAAAGAUCAUAAAACGGUUGGAGAUGUUGGCGGAUGAGCAGAAUGAAACCGGAUAUCGUUGGAGGAUUGCUCAGCUUAAGAUGAGAAGAAUAUGCGAAAUGGAAUUUGGUGACGAUUUGAUGGCAACAGCGCAAAAGUUGGGGAAAAAUUGGCAGCGACUCAGAACUGUUGUUGAAGAUGAAGGCUUGUCGCAGUAUUCUGAAGUGAAGAUCGAGAGAUUGCGGGAACUGUAUUGGAUGUCGGAAACGAUGAAAAAUAUUACGCACGAGCAUUCUGAGCUAGAUGUUAAUUGUAUCAGAAGAUCGUUGCCCUUAAUUGGGGAAGGAUCACUGGAAAAUGAAUUAAAUAAAUAUUCAUUGGAAUGCUUGCAAAGUGCAGUCAGCGUUGCAAAUGAGGUUUAUUUGAACAGCAGCUCAGCUCAGUCUAGGGAGUGUGCAGUUUUGGCGGACUGUUACCUCAAACUUGCACAGUUUUGCUACGACGGACUUGAACAGGAACCCGUAGGAGAGACCUGCGACCGUGAGCGCCAAUUGAUCUCGUCCCUUUUGGCAGCGAUGGAGCACGGAUCACGACCUGCUCGGCAGCUGUUUCCUUGUUUGCUGCAGCUGCCGUACUUGCAGGACGGUUCACUGCAGCAAUCGUUCAGCGAAGCCAGUGCAUCGGUACCGGAGUGGAUGUUCCUGCCUUGGAUUCCACAGAUUCUCUCGCACGUUAAUUUUGCCGAGGAAUCUUUUCUCGGCGAACUUCUGCUGCGCAUUGCCACCAGCUACCCGAUGGCUCUGUACUAUUCGGCAAAAUUGGCAUACAGUAAUUUUUGUAAACAGAAACCUGACCGCUCUCCAAGUGGAUUCGCUCGCGAAUUGAUGCAACUGUUGAAUAUACCGAAAUUGGAUCGCUUCACCGAAGAGCUAUGCCAAAUCGUGGUUCCUAGUAUGAAAGUAUGGAAGAUUGCCAACGAUAUGCUUAUUAAACUGUCCAUGGCGACUGAUAUAUCGAGCACAGAAGAAUUUCGUGCCUUAGUUACGGAUAUGAUGCAAAAUAUAUUCCAUGAGGCCCCACAGAAUCUUGGCCGAGAGCACCAGAAGGUUCAGCCUCUCAAAGCGGAGUGGCUGAAGUUAUUGGAUUAUGAUUGCACAAAUCAGAAAAAUGAUAUUCGCAAGCAGCUGGAUAAUAUACGUAAGGAAGCUGAAAAAUUGGUCCCCAAACAUAGUUCACUGCAGUUGAGUAGGUUUUCUCCAUGGCUGGCCGAGUACCAUUUUAAUGAUAGAGAAGAAAUGCUGGAACUUCCGGGACAGUACAACGUGGAUCACAAGCCAAAUGUUGUGAAUCACGUGAGAAUCGUUAAGAUUUGUCACGAACUAGAGAUGUACAAGACGCUUCGAAAACCGAUACGAAUAAGAAUUAUGGGAAGCGAUGGGAAAGGGUAUGAUUUUCUUGUUAAAUACGGCGAAGAUUUGCGCCAGGAUCAGCGCAUUCAACAGCUGCUCGGUACGAUAUCUAAGCAGUUAUCCUGGGAUCAGCAUUGCAAGGAGCACCAACUGUCCGUUAGGACAUAUGAAGUUAUACCCAUUAGGGAUGAUUUUGGCAUUAUCGGUUGGAUACCGAACACUUCCUCGCUGAAGAGUGUUGCCGUACGAGCAAUGGUACGCUUCAAUCCGGGAGGAGAUGUGUCUAACGAAAUCAAUCGGGAUUAUGGGCAUUUUCUCACGCAAAUUUCUGGUGUUCCAAUGGAUCGUAUGGCGGUUGUUUACGGAAUGGUUGCUGCUGCAAGCACUCCGGAAAAGAUCAUGCUGAAAUUCAAUGAGCUUCGUUCAAAAAUCAAGGAAGAUACUUUGAAGCGUGCCCUAUUUGAGAUGGCCGUUUCUCCGGAAUCGUUCUAUAAUUUACGUGGCAACUUUGCGAAAAGUUUAAUGGCGAUGAAUAUCUCUUGCUGGAUUCUCGGAAUCGGUGAUAGACACACUUCGAAUUUACUGAUCGAUCGCAGUAACGGAAGGCUGGCUGGUGUGGAUUUCGGUAUUGCAUUCGGAGCCGGGACGCGAGACCAAGCGGUUCCGGAGAUGGUUCCCUUUCGAUUGACACCGCAGUUCGUUAACGUGAUGGAACCGAUGCGAACAUCCGGUUUGAUGCACAAAUGUCUAGUUUACAGUCUGGCUUGCUUGAGGAACUCGAAAAAACUGCUGAGAUCGGUACUGGAAGUGUUUGUACGAGAACCGACAUUGGACUGGUUAGAAGCCGCUCGGCGGCGUUUCAACCAGGAUGACGCAAAGAAUGUGCUCAGUUGGGAUCCACAAACACGCAUAAACAUUGCCAUAAGAAAACUGAACGGGGCCAAUCCGAAGGUAUUGAUAGCGGAAGAACUUCGAUUUGGACAGGUCGCAUUCAAUCGGGAUUAUUUGAAUGGCUACCUGAAGUUGCUGGAGCUGGAUAAGCUGCCCAUGGCGGAAAGUAAUUUAACGGUUGAACAGCAAGUCCAGGUUCUAAUACAAGCAGCCACGAGUAGAUCAGUAUUAGGAAUCGCUUACGGUGGGUGGUUUCCAUGGUUCUAGUUGAAGCAAAUUAUAACAUGUAGUGUUUUGUUGAAAAGUAAAGUCUUGUUAUUAUAAUUGCAUAUUUGCGAGUUUUUGUUUUACAAAACUUAAUAGUCAUUGUAAGCCCGUGUUACCGAGCAAAAAUUGGUGGUAAUUCAGCGACUGUUAAAUAGCCUGUAUGCCCAGCGAUACUAUUCGGAGCACUUGAAGUGAUAUAUUUUUUCAUUUCCUUCGGCGUUUUUGUUUCUUUGUCCG